AUGCUAACGUCUCAAGAGGUUGCCUGCCAAUUCAUCCCCGCGUUCUUUGAACGCCUCGCGUCCAACCCCGCGGAGCUCGCGGAAAUGUACGGCCCGAACUCGUCCUUAACAAUCGUAGACUUCGUAUACGGCACAACAGAAGUCCGAAACGAGGACGUCCCUCGGGCUGUAGAGCAAUGGGCUCAGAUUCUUCAGGGGUGCGAGCUCUGCGUGGAGAGCUACUCCGCCGUCCCCUUGUACGGUGGAGUGAGCGUGUACGUGACAAUGUUUGCUGAGUCUAAGACGACACGUCACUACUUUCAGUUUGUCAACAUUCUUGAGGCAUACGGCGCGGGGGCCUACGGCUCGGAGGCGUACUUUAUCCGUCACCAGAUUCUGAUACGCCCUGGAUCCGCUGAGACGGAACAGCCGGAGCCGGAAGUCAUGCCCGACCAAGAGC